CAGCUCGAAAAGAAAAACAGCUGUUGGAAAACCGUUAAAGAAGAGUCACCGCCCUGUCUACUUUCACCUCGCUGAAAAUGGCGUCGUCCCUGAGCCGAUUCGGGAGUACCGUGGGUCGAGCCCUCGCCAAAUAUCGCAAUCCCAUUCUCCUGUCUCUCAGGCGAGGGCAGGCCUCUAUCAGCUAUGCUCAAAGUCUUGCAGGUGUCCCUGAAACCCGCGUCACUACCCUAGAAAAUGGUUUGAGAGUUGCAUCAGAGGAGACUGGACAGCCAACAUGCACUGUUGGGCUGUGGAUGAAUGUUGGCAGUCGUUAUGAGAACGAGUCCAACAAUGGAGCAGGCUUCUUCAUGGAGCACAUGGCUUUCAAGGGAACAAAGAAGUACCCUCAAACUGCCUUUGAGCAGGAGGUGGAGUCAAUGGGAGCCCACCUGAGCGCUUACAUAACUCGGGAACACACAGCUUAUUACAUGAAGACACUUUCCAAAGACAUGCCAAAAGCCCUGGAAUUGCUGUCAGAGGUGGUGCAGAACUGCUCUCUUAGCGAGGCAGAUAUUGAGCAGCAGAGGAGUGUGGUGCUGCGUGAGCUUGAAGAAGUUGAGGGUAAUCUGCAGGAAGUCUGCCUGGACCUGCUGCAUGCCUCAGCCUUCCAGGGGACCCCACUGGGACACACUGUUUUAGGACCUUCUGACAACGCCAGGACUCUGAGCCGCCAGACUCUGGUUGAGUACAUCAACUGCCACUUCAGGGCCCCUCGCAUGGUGCUGGCUGCCGCCGGAGGUGUGAACCAUGAGGAGCUGGUCAAUGUGGCAAACACUCACUUCAGCUCCAUGCCCUAUGAAUACCCAGAUGAUGCCAUCCCUGCGUUGUCUCCCUGCAGAUUCACUGGCAGUGAGAUCCGUAUGCGUGAUGACAAUUUACCUCUGGCGCACGUUGCCAUCGCUGUGGAAGGAGCCAGCAUCUCCAGCCCAGACAUGGUCCCUCUCAUGGUGGCAAACGCUAUUAUUGGUAGCUACGAUCUGACCUACGGUGGUGGAAAGCACCUGAGCAGCCGUCUGGCUCAACUGGCUGUGGAACACAAACUGUGUCACAGCUUCCAGGCGUUCCACUCUGCCUACAGUGACACUGGUCUGUUUGGCAUUUACUUUGUCGCUGACAAACACAACAUCGAAGACAUGAUGCACUGGUCUCAGAACGCCUGGAUGAACCUGUGCACCACAGUGACAGAGAGCGAUGUAACCAGAGGCAAGAAUGCUCUGAGGGCCAGUCUGAUUGGACAGCUCAAUGGAACCACACCAACCUGCGACGAAAUUGGCAGACACAUCCUGGCCUACGAUCGUCGUAUUCCCCUAGCAGAGUGGGAGUCUCUAAUUGAUGCUGUGACCCCCGAGACCAUUCGUUUUGUCUGCUCUAAAUAUAUCUACGACAAGUGUCCGGCCGUAGCAGCUGUCGGUCCUGUUGAGCAGCUGCCCGACUACAACAGAGUGCGCAGUGCCAUGUACUGGCUCAGGUUUUAAGAUGCGUGCGUCGCUUGGUUUCUUCUUGUUUCCCACGUCUGCUGUGCAUCGUCUCCCUGAAACUGAUGUCCGCCUGUCACGACUGCCAGAAUACACACGUACGGAUUCUCCAUAUUUUGCUUGACAACAACAACAACAGCCGUCCAUCAACAUUCCUCCCAGCUCGUCCUCUGAGUUCGUCAUGAGAGCAGCAGCUUUCCUGAUUUCGCUCUGACCCUCGACUGGGAGGCAGGUGGUCAGGUUGUACUACGAUAUCAAGUAUUUUACAGGACACAGUGCAGCUGGUGUUGAGUUCAACUUGGGUAUAUUUAUAAAUUCUGUAACAUUUGUUUCUGCCCUCUAUUGUACAUAACAGAAACUCCCAUUCCAUCAAAAUAAAGAACUCCUAUAACACUG